AUGCUGAGGACAUCCAUUCCCGGGGGUGGUCUCAGCUGCUGGGCCCCCAGACUCCCUACCUCUUCUGGCAUUUUCCACCUCUGCCUCACAUUCUGGUUGGGCCAGGUGGGCUUGCUGCAGGGACACCCCCAGUGCCUGGAUUACGGGCCCCCCUUCCAGCCCCCGCUGCACCUCGAGUUUUGCUCAGCCUAUGAGUCCUUCGGCUGCUGUGACCAGCACAGGGACCGGCGCCUCGCUGCUCGGUACAGGGACAUCAUGGAUUACUUUGACCUCGGGGGCCAUGAGCUGUGUGGGGGCUACAUUAAGGACAUCCUCUGCCAGGAGUGCUCGCCCUAUGCAGCUCAUCUCUACGAUGCUGAGAACCCUCAGACACCCCUCCGGAACCUUCCUGGCCUCUGCUCUGACUACUGCUCUGCAUUCCAUUCUAAAUGCCACUCUGCCAUCUCCCUACUGACCAAUGACCUUCGCCUCCAGGGGUCACAUGAAAAGGAUGGCGCCCAUUUCUGCCACCUCCUCAACCUUCCCGACAAGGACUAUUGCUUCCCCAAUGUCCUGAGGAAUGACCAUCUCAACCGCAACCUGGGUGUGGUGGCCGAGGACCACCAGGGCUGUCUGCAGCUCUGCCUGACUGAGGUGGCCAAUGGGUUGAAGAACCCUGUCUCCAUGGUCCAUGCUGGGGACGGCACCCAUCGCUUCUUUGUGGCGGAGCAGGUGGGGGUCGUGUGGGUCUAUCUGCCUGAUGGGAGUCGCCUGGAACAACCCUUUUUGGACCUCAAGAAUAUCGUGUUGACUACUCCCUGGGUAGGGGAUGAGAGAGGCUUCUUGGGGUUGGCUUUUCAUCCCAGAUUCCACCGCAACCGCAAGUUCUAUAUUUAUUAUUCAUGUCUGGGCAAGAAGAAGAUAGAAAAGAUCCGGAUUAGUGAGAUGAAGGUUUCUCAGGCUGAUCCCAACAAAGCUGACCCCAAAUCAGAAAGAGUUAUCUUGGAGAUAGAAGAACCAGCCUCAAAUCAUAAUGGCGGACAACUUCUUUUUGGUGUGGAUGGCUACAUGUACAUAUUCACUGGGGAUGGAGGACAGGCUGGGGAUCCCUUCGGCAAGUUUGGAAAUGCUCAGAACAAAAGUUCCCUGCUGGGGAAAGUGUUAAGGAUCGAUGUGAACAGGGCAGGCUCAGACGGCAAGCGAUACCGAGUGCCCCCGGACAAUCCGUUUGUGGCUGAACCAGGGGCCCAUCCUGCGGUCUAUGCCUAUGGGGUCAGAAACAUGUGGCGCUGUGCCGUGGACCGAGGGGACCCUGUCACGCGCCGGGGCCGAGGCCGGAUAUUCUGUGGGGACGUGGGACAAAAUAGGUUUGAAGAAGUCGACAUCAUUGUGAAAGGCGGGAACUAUGGCUGGAGGGCCAAGGAAGGGUUUGAAUGUUACGACAGAAAGCUUUGUCACAAUGCCUCUUUGGGUGACAUUCUACCAAUCUAUGCUUAUGGCCAUGCAGUGGGGAAGUCAGUCACUGGAGGAUAUGUCUACCGUGGGUGUGAAUCCCCAAAUCUCAAUGGCCUCUACAUCUUUGGGGACUUCAUGAGUGGUCGACUUAUGGCUUUGCAGGAAGAUAGAAAAACCAAGAAAUGGAAGAAACGGGACAUUUGCCUGGGCAACGCUGCGUUCUGUGCCUUCCCAGGGCUGAUCAGCACCUACAGCAAAUUUAUCAUCUCUUUUGCUGAAGAUGAAGCAGGGGAGCUCUAUUUCCUGGCCACCGCCUACCCCAGCGCCUAUGCACCACACGGAUCAAUUUACAAAUUUGUUGACCCAUCAAGGCGAGCACCCCCCGGCAAGUGCAAGUACAAGCCAGUGCCGGUGAAAACCAAGAGCAAGCGGGUCCAGUUCAGGCCGCUCGCCCAGACAGUUUUGGACUUGCUGAAGAAGCAGUCGGAGAAAGCUGCUAGAAAAUUAUCCAGUGCAACUUUAGCCUCCAGCCCCGACCGGACCUUAUCUCAGAAAGGCCCCUCCAGGAAGCCAGCUCUUCCCACAAGCAGCAGGAAGGCAUUUCAAAGGCCUGGUGUGAAGAAGAGAGCCAGAGUGUUGUCCCCAGGCCUCCAGGGCAAGAGGAAGCUGAGCCCGAAACCCCCCAGGGGCAGGGGCCGGCAGUCAGCACAGCCGAGGUGA